CGGAAGUUGCGUCUAGUAGAAUCUGUUUUUCGGAUUUCACUUUAGACUCGGUUACCGAGUGAGACGCGCUGUCGGUCAAACUUUCUGUGUUUUAAUACAACUUUGCUUGAAUCCAUAAACCCGAAGGAAAGUUACCGACAUCAGUAUGAGUGCUGGCAUGAGAAAAACUGGGAUUGGUUGCUUGGAAAUUUAUCAGGCCAACCUGGAACAUCGAAUUCAACAAGGCGAGUGGGAUCUGGUGUGCCGAGAGGAAGAGCUGUGUAAGGAAGUUGAGACGCUUCUGUCAGAAUGCAGUACACAGAACGUCUACUCUCAGCUUGGGCUAGACACACUGUCUGUGAUCGAAGCCUCACUCCAAGCAUCACAACACACAUUGAGCUUCCACAGGCUUAACAGCCUUGUUAAGGCGUUCGAGGUUCUCGAGCUCGCAGCACUAAAUCUUUAUUUAUGCCCAUGGCGGAAGGAGUACAAGGUGGUGAAGAUGUUCUCAGGUAUGUUCACUCACUGUGUCAAACCUGCUCUGACAGCACAGCAAGCUCAAGAACUGUUCGCGUUACUUGGUUACCAGCCAGCAGGCAACGACGAGGAGGAGCUGAGACUAAGCACAAAACCAGUUCCUUCACAUGUCCUUCUCCAGCUGGCAUAUGCCUUUUUCACUGCUCGUAUAGAGUGCCAGCUGCUACUUACUGCUGUGGCUUCCUUGGAUGGCAGCAUGGCGUGCAUGCUCCAACUCAUUCAGGAAAGAAAGCGUGGCUACACUUUUCAAACAGCACUGGACAGCGCUAAAAGAAUGCUGGAGCCUGCUCCCUGUGAUACACCCUCAGCGCUAGAUCCGAAUCUAGAUCUGUACACUGAUAAGUAUCUGGCAGAUCAAAGUCACAUGGCUUCCCCACCGAGCCUUCCUUAUAUUCCACCCAGUGAAGAUCCUUCACCACAUAAGGUGUCCCGCAGUAACACUUUACACUCAAACAAAGAGAGGAAUGAAAAGAAGGCACAGACUAUCGCUGUCUCGUCCCUGACCUGUCAAAUCAAAUCAGUGCCAAAGAAGAUCGAUUCAGGUCUAAAGACAUGUGAAAAUGACAGACAGUUUACAACAAUGUGUAAUGCCCAGCUUAGUGCAGCAAAUGAAGGACACCAUGUGUGUAACUGUUUGUCAUAUGACCCGUGUCCUAAACAAUGCCUCCGCUGCCAAGAAAUUCAUAGUGUGAAUUGUCCAGGUUUAACGAGCUGUAUUGAGCAAGAUCAUGAGGUUGUUUUUGCACAGCAGCCCAUGAUGCCUACAGUAUUCCAGUCCAGACAGGACCAGACACAACACUGGGAAAAACCAGCAAAAGAUGGUCUAAAGCAACACAGCUGUAUAAACAAUCCCAGCAACGAUUUCUUCUCUGUGUGUCAUGAUUGUCAUUAUAUCCAUGACCUACAAUGUGAGGAAGUUGUAAGUUGUCUCUGUGCACAUCAUAAUGUGCAAAAAACAGGACAGGUGCAGCCAGCUGAAAGCAAAGUGACCACACAUACAUGUAUUACGGCAAAAGAUACAGACUAUAUAGUCUGCCAUACAUGUAACAAAUCCCACAGUAUCUUCUGUAAUGAAGCAAACGGCUGCCAAAUAUCUGAACACAAUGUGGAAUAUCUGCUUGACAGCAACAAAGCAAUUCAAACCAAGCCAAUGCCUUUUCACCAGUGCUGUACAUCCGCAGAGAAAAAGUUUGCCUGCCUAACUUGCAGAGUUUUUCAUGCCUUUUCCUGUGACGAUAAUCAGUGCCAAAGAAAACAUGAAGUGCAGGAUCUUAAGUACACAUGCUACACAUGCUCAGACUCUAGGCUCUACAUUCUAUGUAGGUAUUGCUGCGCACAACUUUGCAAAAACUGUUGGUUUAAAGACCCCCUGGACUGCAUAUGCGGCAUGCCUUUUGUGAACACCCCUGUUUAAAAGAAUAACUAACCACUUUUAUAUUUAUCUAGCUGCUUUAAAAGCACUUUAUCAGAGUUUCACUGUUACUAUGGCCAAAUUUUAGUAGCUGAAUUUACUAGACAGACAAACACUGACUUAUUGGUAUUUUAAAAAGUGUGUUGCUUCGUAGUAUAUUUGUUGGAAAAAAAAAGGUAAUAUUAUCAGACUACUGGUAUGCUUCUUAACGGCUCUGAAGCUUAAGUUUAAUACAAGACUGAACUGUGCAUUUGCUCCCUCAAUUAAGAUACAUCUUAAUGACCCUUUUUUUCUGUGUAUUCUAACUGCUCUCCUGAGCUUGAGGAAGCACACACACACCCCUCACAGUGUUGCAUCCCCCCCAAUAUCCAAUCAGUAAUUUUCAACUUAGCUGACACCUUAAAUCAGGCUUUUGUGUGGUUAUGGAUUAAAUUGUCUGGUGGUGUAAAUGUCUAAUAUUGUUGGAUUCUUCUUAUAAAUUUCUAUAAAACUUUAAUUGCACU